AUGAGGAAGCAUGAUAACAAGAAUUAAAGUCAGAAAUAUUAGAAAUUCGACAUUAUCAAAAACAAGCAAUAUAUAACCUUUGUUCAAUUAGAGAAUAAUUCUGAAUAAAAAUGGUCGGCUUUUUUAAAUAAUUAUGUGAUUCGUUUAGACCUGCCUAGAAGAUAUAAAAUAAUUAAAUCUAUCGGUGAAGGAUCAAAUGCUCAGGUUUUUAAAGCCAAAAAAAUAUAGUAUACAUCUCUGGAUUGCAUAGAAGAAAUCAAAUAGCAGCAAAUUGAUGAAUAGAAAAUUCCUAGAUACUACGCACUUAAAUCACUGAAUAAAUCAACUUUCGAUAAUUUUGAGUCAUUCAAGACUCUUAUUCUAAACGAGAUAAAUGCCUUGAGAUAACUAAAACUGUGUGAUAACAUCAUCUAAUUAUAUAAAGUUUACGAGUCCAGCAGUCAUUUAUUCAUGCUAAUGGAAUAUUCAGAAGGCGGAUCUCUAGUUGACAACAUACUACUCAACUCCCGCUAGGAUUUUAAUUAUGAUUUAAGAGUAGCAGAUUUUGGACUUUCUACUGAACUUAAACCCGGCUAAUAUCUAACAGCUAAAUGCGGUACCCCUACUUAUAUCGCCCCUGAAAUGCUGUAAGGGGCUCCUUAUGAUACAAAAGUAGACAUCUUUGCAUUAGGCUCAAUAAUGUACAAUCUCAUAACUGGGAAAUUCCUAUUUGAAUCUAAAAGAUAAGAUGAUAUCCUCUAUUUAAACAAAAAGUGCGACCUAUCUCAUGUCAAGUUCUUCACAAAAGAUGUUUCUUAUGAAUGUAAAGACUUACUAGAUAUGCUUUUAUAAAAGAAUCCACUUAAUAGGCCAACAGCCAGAGAGGCUUUAUAGCACCCUUGGUUUUCCUCGGACAGACAAGCUCUUGAGGCUGGGCUUCUUAUUAAUAACUAUCAAUUAUGCCCCUUUGAAAGAAACUAAAACAUAACAUCAUUGAUGAUUAACCUUAACAACAAUAGUGCAGCUUUCUCUUAAAAUUGCACAAAUUCCAGACAAGAUUUGAUUAACAGCUCAUUAAAAAUGAAAAAAGAAUCAAACAGUCCAUCACCUAAUUCCAGCUUCUAUGAUUUGAUAAAGCAUAAUAGGAGGCAAGGACUCUCAUUCUAAAAUGCAACUUCUUCCCCUUAAAAUUUGAAGGAGCAGAAUCAUGAAUUUUACCAAAUAAAUAUGGUCAAUAAGUCUCUUAAAAAUAGAGUUAUUACUAUUACACCUGACCCUAAUGAUAUGGCAGGCCUCAAAGACUCUUAAUUCAUUAUCAGCAAAUCAAAGCAAUCGCAACUUAAAAAUCUAGAUGAAAGCGCCUCUGCAUAUAUCAAUUGUGGUUAAAAGAAUUCGUUGAUAUCAAAAACUCAUAGUCAAAGUAUAUAUUGCAGGGAAGGUGAAAUAAGGCAGAUUGAUCUGGACGAAGAUUUUGGAGUCUCUAGCCAUAAGCAUAAAAUUUACGAUUUAGUCUACUAUUAAUGUGAAAAGAAAUUACUCGGAAAUAAGAAUGAAAACAUACAGUUAGGAUAGAAACGCAGAUUUAUAUGA